AUGGCAGACGUGGAGCAGGAGGCACCCUUGGUGGCAGGUGAAUGGAUGGCAAGCAAGAGCACCAGCCGCCGUGGCAUGGUGAUUGCCAGCGCUGUGACUCUUCUGUUGGCAUCUAGCUUGUCAGUCACGGCUGGAUAUGUCUACUUGCAUCGCGAGCAAUUCAAAGCCGUCACGAAUGCACAUGGGCCAAGCAUGGAAGAGCAUUCCAAGCUGCCAUUCCCAGACAAGCGUGAUAUUCAGGACCUCCUCAAUGUCUUUCAGGACAUGUUUCCAGAUGGAAGUGUCUUCAAGGAGGUCAAGUAUCUGGACAUUGACAACUCCGAUCCCAGCAAUAUCAAGUCCAAGCCCAAACAUGUGGUGCACCCCAACGUGACCAUGCAGAAGCUCUGA